AUGCAAAAGUCCAUGGACAAGAUGGUGAGCAAGAUCAAAAGUUUGGAGAAGAAGGUUUCUGGUUCUUCAAGCAAGAAGAAGAAGUCAAGGCCCCCACAUUCCUUAGGAGUAGAUCUCUCCUCACCACUCCAAGGAGGCUCCCUGCCCAAGAGCCUCACAUUUCUUUCGAGCCAAGGGAAGGAGAAGACAACACGCAGAGAAGGAGGAAGAGUUCCAAGGCCAGACGCUCCAGCUCGACCACCGGACUCGAUCGAGUCCAAACAGAGGAAACUCAACUCGAUCGAGCUGAGAGUAGAUGGACCCCUAUGGACAGUUCGAGCAAGCCAGCUCCACCAAGGCCAAGGGAGCCACACACACUUCAAUGAAGAAGAGGAAGAAGAGGAGCCGCAAGCUCGAUCGAGUGAGCCGGAACCCCGAGUGGAGCGUCCUGAUGGCCGUCUCCCUCUCCAGACCACGACCUUGCCUCCCAGUUCUUUGGGGGGCACUGAGGCUAAGUUUGGGGGUGCCAACUCGAGCUCGAUCGAGUUGGGUGUAAAAACCAGAAAAGUGGUCUUUUGGAGCAUUCUGGAGCAUAUGGGACGUGAGGAGCAUGGAAGGACUUGGUGCAUGGACGCAGCUCAACUGGAUACGCAAAGGAAGAAGGAGGAAGCCAUCUUGAAGACCAGCUCGACCCUACCUCGACUACUCGACCGGCCAAGCUUCAACUCGAUCGAGCUGAGAAGUCAAAGUCAAACCCGAAAAAUGUUGCUUCCCCCUUGA